AUGCGCCAGCCACCCUACAUGCAGCCUGGGCGCAGAACUCUCAACGAGCUCCCAGCCCAGCGAGGCCUGCGCACGGUGGGGGUCCGGCAAUCCAACACCCGGUCGCAUUCGCCUUCUCGCGGUGGCUCGGGCCCUGCGGACGCCAGGACCGACCGUCGGAGGCGGCCCGACCGUCCGCGCACUCCGGCCGGUUCGCCCAACGCCACCUACGACUACUUCAUUCUCAGUCAGCAGUGGAGCCCCGGAAUAUGUGCUGCUGAACCACAAUGUGUCUCAACGAGCAAGAAAAACUACUGGACCAUCCACGGCCUUUGGCCUUCGGGUGACAACACUUCACCAAGCUUCUGCGUAGACGAGCAGUUCAACGGCCGUGUCCUGGACCCGAUCAAGAGAGACCUCAACAAGUACUGGCCUUCGCUGACAAGCGCCGAAGCAAGAUACUUCACUUUUUGGCGCCACCAGUGGCAGAAGCACGGCACCUGUGCCGGAGACGUUCCAGCGCUCAACGGCCUCUUCAACUUCUUCAACUCCACCCUCGCUGUGUACAAAAAGUACAACAUAUUUGAGUUUCUGUCGAACAGCCUUAUUAGGCCCAGUGUCGUCAGAACGUACUCGGCCUCGGAAAUCCGUAACGCGCUCUCGGACGACAUUCGAGAGAAGGUCAACAUCGUCUGCAGCCAAAGAGUUCCGAAUCGGGACGCGCCCGUUCUGACCGAGAUUCGCUUCUGCCUCGACAAGAACCUGGAGACGGUCAACUGCCAAGGAAGGAACGGCGGCUGCGGACGUCGUAACUACUACCUGCCGGCGCGACCGUAGCAGCCUUUUCAUUAUCAUGGGCGAAGACCAAAGACAAACGCCAAGAGACCAAAACGGACCGCUAUAUCCUGGGAGAAGCCGACGCCUGCUCUAAAGAACUAUUCUGGAUGUCAAGGAGAUGGAGUGGUGCUCAAGGCGGCUACCAGAAGAAAGAGUUUCAGCAGAAACAGGCAGUAGGCUUCGAAAUUUGCGCCAGCUGAUGAACUUAAGCAAGGAAUCAUAAUCACUCUCUUGCGUCGUUUAGAACAACAUCGAUUAUAAUGAUUGAAUCGUAGACAAGAUCAUUCAGUAUGAGCAGCGAUGGAGUCAUGGGAGUCUGUUUUCAUAUAUGUAUUUUCAUCUCGCAGCCCCGUUUACCUUCCUCCAUUGCCAUUCUACCUCUUGCUGUUCAAUAAACCCCGCUCCUACAA